ACACUUUCUUUGUCAUUUCCUCAUCUUUCUCCAUAAAUAUCAAACCCCAUCUUUAGGUGAAGAAAAAUAAAAGCCCAGAAGAAAAAAGAACAAAAAGAGAACAGCAUUGAUCUUGAAGGUAGCCAUGAAUCAGUCGGAUGGAGAAGAAAGAAAGUCACUGCCUAAAUACUUCACCAUGAAAUCGAGGAUGAACGGUCGAUAUCUGCGUUAUAUAAAUGAUGACAAAAGUAAAACCAUGAAUGGCUUUCUCAAGUUCUGUGGAUCUCAUGUGGUCAGCCCAUACGCCAAGUUUGAGGUCGAAGAAGCCAGAGCCAAAGGGAAGAGGGGUCUUGUUCAUAUCAGGUGUUGUUACAACAAYAAAUAUUGGGUUCGUUGGUCGGCCAAAUCCAAGUACAUUGUCGCAAGCGCCAACGAACCUGACGAGGACCAAUCAAAAUUCUCAUGCACAUUGUUCGAACCCAUCUACGAUUACGACAUUGAAGCCUUCCGCUUCAAACACGUGGAGCUUGGUCGGUUCCUACAGCUCCGAGAGCAUGAGUCAAGGCAGUUCCGCGAGGCACUGUUCGCUGCCAAUGCGGGAAUUGAAGCCGAUGAGUCGGAUCUGAUGGCAGUGGUGGAUUGGUCGACGCUGUUCGUGCUGCCGAAACACGUGGCGUUCAAGGGCGACAAUGGCAGAUAUCUCAGAGUCCAUUCUUCUGGGACUCGGUAUUUGGAGUUUUCAGAAACCGAUGUUGGAGAUCCACUUGUGGGGAAUCAAAUCUUCACCACGCCCGAUGGGCACGUGAGGAUAAAAAACGACCAUUUGGGAAAGUUUUGGAUUCGUGAUCCUAAUUGGAUCCAUGUAAAAGCAACCGAAGAUAAUUUUGACGAUCCAAACACACUGUUUUGGCCUGUUCGGCUUAAUAAUAGCAAUGGCGUGGCCCUUAUCAACAGAGGAAAUGAUAGAUUCUGCAAGAGACUUACUACAGAAGGGAAGGACAAUUGUCUGAACGCUGCUGUCACCACCAUUACGCCCGAGGCAAAACUCGAGAUAGAAGAGCUUGUGAUUUCGAGGACGAUUUACGACGUGAACUUCCGACUUAUGGAUGCGAGAAUCUAUGGUGAGUCAUUCGUGACGAUGGCGUCUGGGGAUGUUGUGAACAAGAAUAGUGAACCCGAGAAGCAAAAACUCAAACUCAGGUACGAAGACACCAAGUCAUCCACGUGGACAAACUCGGUAGCGACUAAGUUAGGUAUGAAGAUGUCGAUCGAGGCCGGGAGUCCCGAGAUCGCGACCCAAGAACUCGAGAUUUCAGCAGAGAUUAGAGAGGAACGAACAUGGGGAGAAACUAAAGAGAGCAAAACUAGAAUGGAGGUGGAGCAUGAAGUUGUGGUGCCAAGCUUCUCUCGAGUGAAGACCAAAGUGUUAGCAACCAAAGGCUACUGCGACAUCCCCUACUCCUACACUCAAAGAGACGUUCUCACCAAUGGCAAAGUGGUAAUUCAACACUUCGAUGAUGGGGUCUAUAUUGGCAGCAAUUGCUAUAACUACAGCUUUCAAACUGAACAGGAAAAACUGUGAUUUCAGAAAGUUAUGGUUUUAUUGGUGAAGUGUAUGUGUGUUUUUUAAGGAAUUCAUGUACUAAAUAAUGCUGCCAUGUGCACCUUUGAAUUCCCCUUGUGUUUCUUCUUUGCAUGUGUUGGUAAUCUGUGCUUUAAAUGAAUAAAGAGCUAUAUGUACUGUGUUUUGCUUUGGGUUUGUUUAGUGUUGUGUGGUGGUACUUAGUGUAAUAAUUUUAUGAAUAAUUUAUUAGCAUACUUCUUUUCGCUAUUAA